GUGUGGAAUACCAGUACACCUCUUGACGUUCAUGACUGUGACGUACGCCCACUGUAAACUCUAAAGGACGAGCUCGAACUGUGUUGUUAUUGUUCGGUUUGAAGAGUGUGGGGGUGGUCGGUGCCUUUGUUUUUAUUUUGGGGGCUGUAAGCUACCAUUAGCAGGCUAGGACCAGUCAAGUACAAACACCUGCAUGUCGGGGUCAAGAUCUAUUUAAUAGUAUAGCGUUGUAUUUAUCCAGGUAGUGGUACGCUGACAAGUCAACUUAAGUUAGGUCCCAAAGUAGCUGAUGGAUGCGCGGGUAUCUGAGUUAUUUUGCUCAGGAAAUGGACAUGGCUCUGGAUCUCAGGGUGGUGCGUCCAACGUCAAACCGGGAAAUGGCUUUGGGGUAGCCCCUAAAAAAGCUUGUGUUAAGAACAACAAGAAAUCCAAGGCUCGAUUUUCUCGCAACUUCAAACCAAGUAAUAACACCCCGUAUCUACCUCCAGAGGCUGAAGAGGGAAAUAUAGAGUACAAGCUGAAGCUGGUGAACCCCACGCAAUACCGCUUCGAACACCUGGCAACACAAAUGAAAUGGCGACUGCAGGAGGGCCGAGGCGAAGCUGUCUAUCAAAUAGGUGUUGAGGAUAAUGGCAUGCUGGUGGGACUGUCAGAGGAAGAUAUGAGGGCGUCACUGAAAACGCUUCACAAACUUGCUGAGAAAGUUGGAGCUGACAUCACUGUUCUCAGAGAGCGAGAGGUGGACUACGACUCUGAUGUGCCUCAUAAGAUUGCUGAGGUUCUCAUUCGAAAGGUGCCAGAUGACCAGCAGUUUUUGGACCUCAGAGUAGCUGUGCUGGGUAAUGUGGACUCUGGCAAGUCCACUCUUUUGGGUGUUUUGACACAGGGUGAGCUGGACAAUGGACGGGGAAGAGCGAGGCUCAACCUCUUCAGACAUUUGCAUGAGAUUCAGACUGGACGAACUUCAAGCAUCAGCUUUGAGAUCCUUGGCUUCAAUAGUAAAGGAGAGGUUGUGAAUUACAGCGAAUCUCGGACAGCCGAGGAGAUUUGUGAGAAUGCCUCUAAAAUGAUCACAUUCAUUGAUCUGGCGGGUCACCACAAGUACCUGAAGACCACCAUCUUUGGCCUCACCAGUUACUGCCCGGAUUUCGCUAUGCUGGUCGUCAGCGCAAAUACUGGCAUUGCUGGAACGACACGGGAGCAUCUUGGACUUGCCAUGGCCCUGAAGGUUCCCAUCUUCAUCGUCAUCAGUAAGGUGGACCUCUGCACGCGGGCUACAGUGGAGCGCACUGUGCGCCAGUUGGAGCGUGUCCUGAAGCAGCCGGGCUGCAAUAAGGUGCCCAUGGUCAUAGGCAGCAAAGAUGAUGCGGUCACAGCAGCACAGCAGUUCGCCCAUUCACCUAAUAUCACACCCAUCUUCACCUUGUCCAGCGUGUCUGGAGAGAGUCUAGACUUGCUUAAGGUCUUCUUCAACAUCAUCCCUCCUCUCAGCAACAGCAAGGAGCAGGAGGAGCUUAUGCAACAGCUAACUGAGUUUCAGGUGGAUGAGAUCUACACAGUGCCAGAGGUGGGGACUGUGGUGGGGGGUACUCUGUACAGUGGUAUUUGCCGUGAGGGAGAUCAUCUUGUGGUAGGCCCCACUGACUCUGGCCACUUCCACAAGUUGACCAUUGGGAGCAUCCAAAGAAAUCGCUCGGCGUGCAGAGUACUCAGGGCAGGUCAGGCUGCCACACUCGCCUUGGGCAACUUUGACCGGUCACUGCUGCGCAAGGGCAUGGUGAUGGUUAGUCCAGAGAUGGAUCCUACCAUAUGCUGGAUGUUUGAGGCUGAGAUUGUGCUACUCUUUCAUGCCAAGACUUUUCACAAGGGCUUCCAAGUUACUGUGCACAUUGGCAAUGUGAGACAGACCGCUACUGUGGAAGCUGUGUAUGGCAAGGAGGAGCUGAGGACUGGGGAAAAAGCAGUGGUUCUCUUCAAGUUCAUCAAGCACCCGGAAUACCUAAAGGUGGGAGCUAAGGUGCUCUUCAGACAGGGUGUGACUAAAGGUAUCGGACACGUCACCAAAUUGCAACCCAUCGUCCAGUACCGGCCAUCCCAAAGCGAGGAUGAUGAAGCCUAAAAUUUUUUGGAGAGCUCCAACAGGAAACACCGUCCCAGCCGAAAACAAGGUGCUUUAAAAACAAGAUCCUGCUGUCUCCAAAAGCCUCUGUGCCCCGUUACCUGUGCAGUCAAUCCCUUUCACAGGAUUUUAUUGUUUCAUCGCCCUUUUCCAAAGCCUUGUUUUUCACCAACCUUUUUGUUUGUCCUCGUCAACCUUUUAAAUAACUGCUGAUAUUUUAGUUUGCUUUCUGGUGGUGAGGUAUAGAGUAUUGCUUUUUUGUGCCACUGAAAAGAGAAUCCCCUCAGCCACUUCUUUAACAUGUUCUCUUAGCUCUACCAAAGUAAUAUUGACUGCCAAGAACACAUUGUUGGAAUGCACAAGUCAGUGGCAACUAGGAGAUUCUUUUCUCGCACCCACAUUGAAGUGCUACUUCCAUAUUUUACACCUAAAUGCACUCCUAACACACACACUUUGGGAAAAAAUAAAAGAUGCAGACACACACUUGCACUGAAACGUAAAUCCCAGUGUUGAUAUGUCUUUGGAAGAUAUUCAUUUACUUGAUUGUUGCUAGUAUGAGAUGCUUGAACAUUAGUGUGUAACCUUUAUCACCAGUGUCACUGUUGUCAUCGCCCCACAUCAACUUGUCUGUGUCACCAACCUCGUGCCUGACUGAUAAGGACAAGCGUCUGAGCUCACUGUAUUUGAAUGUAAAAUCACACUCUUUUCUUAGUAACCACUAAUGAUUAAUGUGAGAUUUUUGUGAAAGCAGUGAGGUAUUUUAGUGAUUCUCAGACACAGCUUGUUAGGUGUAUAUAAGCUAAACCAUCUCCAAGCUAUAUUACUGACAAGGGCACUUUAUGGAGGUGAAGGAGAGCAUUACGAUGUAUGCAAAGUCAGAACCUGACCCAGUUUGUAUGUCAGUCUGCCAAAAUAACUCACACUGGCAACCACCUAGUAACGUCACAUAUGUCUGUGUGAUUUUAUUUUAUUUUAUUUUUUUCGUUCACAAAUAAUGCCUCACAAUAGUGCAGCGAGAUGACGAUAGUCUUGCUGCCUAUCUUUCAAGUGCUUUAGUUACUCAGGUCAGUUUUAGAUAUCGUAGUAGACAGCAUUCCACUCUCACAGAACUACUUCUUUGGAGGUUUCUGUUGCUGACUUUGGGGAGGGGAGGGAUGUUGCAAGGAGAAAAAGACAAGAAUUGUUUCUCCCAAAGAGAUGUGUUUGAUUAUGGAUUCUACAGUAUGUGAAGCUGCCUACUGAUGCAGCUUUGUUCAGAAGCAAUUAUGUUUGAGGUACUUGAUGUCAUCUGUCCACUCAAGUUACUGAUGUCACUAACUUUGAAGGGGUUUAACACAGUGCCUGAUGGAGCUACUGUUUGAGUAGCUUUCCAUUACACCCCAAAGUUUUGCAACUAUAUCUAAACGAAGUUGGUGCUACUCCUUGAAACAGCUUUUGAUAUUUAGAAGACGACUUUGGAAAUGAAUGUUAAAUGCUACUCUGAUUGAGGCUGCUGCUGGCCUUGUUAUCUGUCUUAUUAUAGCAUGUUGAUGUGACUUAUACAUAGGUUGUUGUUCCACUGACUUCAGUGAUAGGGGGGACAACUGAAACAUAUGUCCCAUUAUGUUGCACCCAUGUUGUUGUUGUAAUACACAGUUUGUGUGCACUCAAAGAGAAGAAAACUAAAACUGCAUUUCUACCAAAAUAUUUUAUAGCCUUUAUUAAGAGUUAAAUCAGGUGUUUGUUUUAAUGUAUCGGAGAAGCAUUUUAUAGAUUUCUAAUAGUUCCAGAUUUUACAGUUCACAUUUUCACAGUUUCAAUCUUCUUAUUGCCACCAACUUAUCUUUACUUUUUUGAGAUCACAUUUAAGGCCUGUUUUCCUUUUAAUCAAAAUUGUAGUAUUUUGAUCAUUAUUUGGGUGAAAUGCAAUAUUUAUGUACAGAUCCAAUUUGUGCAUCAUGAUGUACACAAAUAAAAACUUUUAUUAUCUCUUCA